GGGCGGGGUCAGUGUGGGCCACUAGAAUGCCGCAGCCAGAGACACGUUCUUACUUCCUCUAACACACAUCAUGUCAGCCUCCGCUCAGACAACAGCACAGAGUUAAGUGAUUUAACAUUACACGAUGGUUGUUGCUGACCCUCAGUCCUCGGACACAGGGACCGUCCUUCGUGUCAGGGGGCCGCUGGAGCUCAAGUGUCGACUGGACAGCACAGAUGCCCGACUUGUGCACAAAGAAAUCUCGAGCACAUUUGAGACACUUCGCUCUCAGGUGAGAUCUGAAUCCUGUGUUCUGACAGUCUGUGACAGUCCUGUUAUUAUUUGGCCAAACAGAGGUGUUCAUGCCACACCUGAAGAAAUGACUCCAAACACGCCGUGUGAAGACGUACAUCAGUGGAUACAGACAGAUGAACAAGAGAUUGGUGGCAAGAGGUCUGCAAAAAAGAAAAGCAAGAAGAGCCCAGCAGCGAGCAUCAUCAACCUUCGUCUGAUGAUGGAGGCGACAAAGCCCGGCCCUGCCUCGGCCCCGAUCCUCAGCAGAACAGUCCAGAAAUCCCACUUCCUGUCUGCAACCCUUCCCAUGGACUGUGUCGUCCGAACUACCUGCAAUGACACAAUCAAAGAUGCCUGUGAACGCCUGAUGGAGGCGCUGACUCACCAGCUGCACGAUAUGGAGAAAGUGACCCUGCAGCACAUGAAGGGCACCACGCUGCUGGUUCCUGAACUGCUCCACUUCCUCCUGCCAGAGCCAGCAGGACUCGUGACGGUGGUUUACCCAGCCGGACUGCCUGACAGCCAGCUAGAGGCACAGCGAAAGGCAUUGCAUCAACAGUUCGAGCUGCCAGAGGACUGGCCCUAUUUUAGAAGAGCCAAUGCUUACCACUUUCCCAAUGAGCCCUACAAAGAUGGUUACCUCCGAAACCCCCACCUGGUCCUCACACAUCCCAUCCUGGACAAUGGAAAGGUGUACCUGGUCCAGGGGAUCUACAGCUACCACCACUACAUGCAGGACCACAUGGAGGACAAUGGCUGGGGCUGUGCUUAUCGCUCCCUGCAGACCAUCUGUUCCUGGUUCCAGCAGCAAGGCUACACAGAGCGGCCCGUGCCCACCCACAGGGAGAUCCAGCAGGCUUUGGUGGACGUUGGAGACAAACAAGCGUCCUUCGUCGGAUCACGGCAGUGGAUCGGAUCCAUCGAGGUUCAGGCUGUUCUGAACCAGCUGCUCGAGGUCACAUCCAAGAUCAUGUUUGUGAGUCAAGGUUCCGAGUUGGCCUCCAAAGGCCGAGAGCUGGCCAACCACUUCCUGACUGAAGGGACUCCCGUCAUGAUCGGAGGCGGAGUUUUAGCUCACACUAUUUUGGGUGUGUCAUGGAGUGAGACCACCGGGCAGAUCCGCUACCUCAUCCUGGAUCCACAUUACACCGGAGCAGAGGACUUACAGGUUAUCACAGACAAGGGCUGGUGUGGCUGGAAAGGACCAGAUUUUUGGGAUCAAACAGCUUAUUAUAAUCUGUGUCUGCCUCAGAGGCCGAAGACCGUCUGAGCUCGCAGGUUUCUUAAGUCUCAUAUAAAGUGUUGUCUCAACAACAAAGACACAACUGGAGGCGGAAGUGAUGUUGUGUUCCUCAUAUCAUGUACUGUCCUUUCUGUACGUGCCAUUAUCUAAUAUUCAUCGAGGUCCUCAGAGUUUUGUCAUUACUUUAUGUCACCAGUAGACAAACUAACCCACCGUGAGUGAUGGAAAGCUUGGCCUUGACUCCAUGCUGCUCCUCCUGCUCCUCCUGCUGGACCAUAUGGCUGAUUUUACUCAACAUUAAACUGUACAAUAUAUUUUACCGUGUCCUCAACUUUCUUUUGUUCCUUAUUCAGAUGUUUCAAAGUUACAGCGUAGAGCAGAAACGGUUUGUUCAAUAAUGGAUUAAUCAAUCGACAGAAAAGCAGCUCGUUGAUUAUCUUUUCUUUGCUCUGGCCAGUUGUCAAGCAAAAAUGUCAUAUUUUCUUAUUUUAGCUGCUCAGAUUAUGAGGUCUUCAUACUUUUCUUCAUCAUUUUUGAUGUUAAAGACUGUUGGACUGUUGCUCAGAUAAAACAAGAGAUGUGAAGACUUUUUAAUGGCCCUUUUUCAAUAUUUUCUAACAUUUUAUAGACAAUAGAAUAACUUAGUCGAAGCCUUGUCACAGCCAACCAGACAACACAGACCCCAAACAUGGACAAAUGGAAUAAAAGUGUGUUUGUCAUGAGCAUCCACGCUGAA